ACAUCUGAGAUGAGAAGUAGAAUAUAAAACCCUGAUGAGAGAGAAAGAGAGGGGUAGUAUAAAACAGUGAAAUGCUACGUGUUGCGGAUUUAUAAUGGUGGGGUAAGUUGGUGAUUCUAUACUAAGAUUGCCAUAAUUCGCUUUGAAGAAAAUUCAGACAGACAAAGUGAUGGAAGUAGAGAGAGAAAGAGAAAAUGAAAUGAAUAUGGGAGCUUCUGAAACUGGUAAUGGAAGUUUAUCAAGAUUAUCAUCUCUCUUAGCUUCUAAAGAUCGUGAUUUUCUGCUCACUUCUGAUGAUACCCAGGUGAAAAUCUCUGAGCUUCAAGGGAAGGUAGUAGGAAUAUACUUCUCAGCGAAUUGGUACUCUCCUUGUCGAAAAUUUAACGAACUUCUAAUCGAUGUUUACGAGCAACUUAGGAGCCAAGGGAGUGAUUUCGAAAUCAUUUUGGUGUCUUCAGAUGAAGAUAUAGGCGCCUUCAACAGUUAUCGUGCUUCCAUGCCUUGGCUUUCGGUGCCAUAUUCAGAUUUGGAAACGAAAAAGGCCCUAAAUCAAACAUUUGACGUGGAAGCCAUGCCUUAUUUAGUUUUCCUGCAUCCUAGUAACUAUAGUGGCAACGAUGAUACCACAAUGCAUGAUGGUGUUGAGCUUAUCUAUCGUUAUGGAAUUGAAGCCUUCCCUUUUACUAAAGAAAGGUUGGAGAUGUUGCAUACAGAACAAAGGGAGAAAGAGGAGAGGCAGACGUUGGUAACUUUGUUAACUAAUCAUGACAGAGACUAUGUUUUGAGUCAUGAUCCUUUGACUCACCAGGUACCCGUGACAUCCUUGCAAGGGAAGACAAUAGGACUAUAUUUUUCAGCACAUUGGUGCCUACCUUGUAUCACAUUCAUCCCAAAGCUAAUCUCCAUCUACAAAAUGAUAAAGCAAAAUCUACAAGAACAAGACGAUUUUGAGAUAGUUUUUGUGUCAAGUGAUCGCGAUGAAGCAUCCUUUCAUUCUUAUUUUCAAAGGAUGCCAUGGUUGGCGCUGCCCUUUCGCGACCGCACCAUCAAGGACCUUGCCAAGCAUUUUGACGUGCGAGAGAUCCCGUGCUUGGUUAUCUUGGGUCCGGACGGUAAAACCGUGACGAAACAAGGGAGAUAUUUGAUAAACUUGUACCAAGAAAAUGCUUACCCUUUUACUGAGGCAAGGUUGGAGUUUCUAGAGAAGCAAAUGGAUGAGGAGGCUAAAAGUUUGCCUAAAUCAGCAUAUCAUGAGAGGCAUCAACAUGAGCUAAAUUUGGUGUCCGAGCGUACUGGUGGUGGGCCUUUUAUCUGUUGUGAUUGUGAUGAACAAGGUUCUGGGUGGGCUUAUCAAUGCCUUGACUGUGGGUUUGAGGUCCAUCCUAAAUGUGUUAGACCCAUUCAACAGCCUAAUACUUGAUAGAGAAAGAGUUCAAACAAGAAGAUAUAGUUUACUAAUAUGUCCUCAUAAGAAUGGUUUUAUUCGCUACUACCCCUCCUUGUAUAUUGCUGGUAGAUCCUUUCCUAAGGUUACCAAAGGUCAGCAAUUCAAGGGUUUGUAAGAGAGAAUUUAGGAAAUUGUUGUCACUUAUUUGAUAUAUAUAAAGACUCCCAAAUAUGCUAACCAAAUUGGUGUUUCUCAA